AUGGCAGCACCAGCGAAAACAAUUCUGAGGGGUUUUCGUCGUUGUGGGGUUUUAAAAGGAGCCUCCAGAGUGACAUCACUGAACAUAGCGAGAGCUGCUCACUUCACAUACGUACCUGACACACCUCCAACAGCUUAUGGAGACACGACUCGUAUGAACUUAGUACAGGCCAUCAAUAACACACUAGACUUGACACUAGCAACAGACCCAACAGCAGUGUUGUUUGGCGAGGAUGUGGCUUUUGGUGGAGUGUUUAGAUGUAGCAACGAAUUAAGAGAUAGAUAUGGUACAGAUCGAGUUUUUAACACCCCACUAAGCGAGCAGGGAAUUGUGGCAUUUGGGAUCGGACUUGCCACCGCAGGUUCCAAUGCAAUUGCAGAAAUCCAAUUUGCUGACUACAUCUUUCCAGCGUUUGAUCAAAUCACUAACGAGGCAGCAAAAUUCCGUUACAGGACGGGUAACUUGUUUGACUGUGGUAAACUGACAAUCAGGACUCCGUGUGGUGCUGUAGGACAUGGCGCCCUCUAUCACUCACAAAGUCCUGAGGCUUUCUUUGCUCACAUCCCGGGAAUCAAGGUUGUGAUCCCUAGAGGCCCCUUCCAGGCCAAGGGCCUCCUAAUGAGCUGUAUCAGGGAUGACAAUCCCUGUAUCUUCUUCGAGCCCAAGAUCCUCUACCGAGGUGCCGUGGAGGAGGUUCCCACAAAAGACUACACUCUACCACUGUCCCAGGCUGAGGUCCUAUUAGAAGGUGGUGAUGUGACUUUAGUCGGCUGGGGAACACAGGUCCAUGUUUUGCUUGAAGUUGCCAAAAUCGCUCAAGAGACUCUGGGAGUGUCAUGUGAGGUCAUCGACCUCCGGACCAUUCUACCAUGGGACACUGAAACCAUUGCUAAAUCGGUGGUUAAGACAGGCCGGUUGCUGGUUGCGCACGAAGCUCCCCACACAAUGGGGUUUGCUGCAGAAAUAGCAGCAACAGUUCAGUCUGAGUGUUUCCUGAAUUUGGAGGCCCCGGUGGAGCGGGUGUGUGGGUACGACACCCCGUUCCCACAUGUGUUUGAACCGUUCUACAUUCCUGAUAAAUGGAAGUGCGUGGAAGGAAUCAAAAAACUUGUCAAUUACUGAUCUGUUCUGCUUGUUCAAUACUCCCGAAGGACAUCAAAAUCUUGCACCGCUGGACCAAUGAAAUAAUUACUGAACUGUUCAACAAUCGCGGUCGUCAUCUUGGUAUCAAAACAUUUGUCUGGUUGUCGACAAUCUCUGGCAGCUAUGGAAAGUGUCAAAAACCAAACAGAAGAAUUCUUAUACUAUGCAAAGGCGGGUCUUUGUACUAAAGCAAAGAAUUUAAAAAGUUAUGAAUAGUACAAGAUGAUAGAAUUUUUGUGAGAUGUGUAUUUGUUUAGUGUGAACUUAAAUUAUUGUAAUGUAACGUAUAGAAAGAUAUUGGACAUGGGUUAAAAUUUUGAAAAGGUCCUGUGCUCUCAGUUUAUUAAGCAGAAUUAUAUUCAUACUAAAAGUGAUAAUAAUGUGUAAUAAUGGACACUUUGACAAUAUAACCAGUGAAAACGUGUGUAUUUAUAAACAUAAAAAUCAUCGAGUAUCUCCACUCAUACUACAAAAUCUUCUCAUGUGUGAAACAAAACCUUUAAGAAAAAAUAAAAAAAUCAUUGACAAAGUGAUAAAGGAAUUGAAUGCCUCAAAUAAAAUAUCAUAUUAAAACUGUGUGCACCAGUUAUGAUACCAGAGAAAUUUGGUUGCAGUACCGGUACUUAGAAAUACAGUACUGUUGGGUUUGUACAUCCAAGGUUAUCUGUUUUUCAAGUAUGUACUAUUCAUGCCACAGUGUAGUUCAUCUGUGUGAGAAAGCACUUGAACGGUUUAUAUACAUAAUCAUAUAUUAACAUCUGCUGAUCUGACAUUUCUGAAGUGAAUCUCGAUAAUUAAUCCAACAUAUACCACGUACUUUUACACUGAAAGUGAUGACUUUUUUGUGGUAUCUUUGACUUUUCCCACUUGUAUUGAAAAUGUUCCAGCCACUUCCACAUGCAUUUUUUUCUAAGCAACACUAAUUAAUUGAAGACUUAACUUUUUUUUUGUCCUUCUUUGUUUGCCUGUGUAUUGUCUUCACAUUUCCAGUCACCAUGACUUUCCACAUGUCCAUCAUGUGUUUUUUGGAAAACAAUUGAUACUAUUUAUAGACAGCAAAAAUUGAAAUCUUUAAAAAAAAAAAAAAAAACGAUUAAGUACUCUGCUUACUAAACUGAUUUUCCUUAAAAAAAUUAUCUGAUAAUAUGCUACAGGCAUUUAGAAAGAGGCAUGUAUUCUUAAAUUUCAGUACUCAGAAUUUUUAAAAUAUGGCCACUGUGACACCUGAUUGGUUGAAACAAAGUCAGGCAGUCAAUAAGUGUUGUUAUCAUAAAUAGCACUUAAGAGUCCCAACAAUGGGCCAAAGUGGCUGCACAACAAACUUUGCUCGAUUCGUUUGGUGGCAGAAAUAUUUUAUGUUACAUUAAGAGUUUAAUUCACAUAAAAGCUGGUAAAUUGUUUGAGAAAAAAUUGUCUUUUCCAUAAUGGCAACAUAAUGUGAAGUUGCUCCCUCGACGUAGCAGAAAUCUACAAGAGAUGCAGAAGUUACUCGACCUGUGACUCUACAUUAUGGCCCGUGGGCCUCUGGACUAAAUUGUCAUGGUAUGGGUACCUACAAACCAUUCACUGAAAUUUAGUGUGCAUAUAGCUUAAAUGGUAGCACCAGUCUUUGUUUAUUGAAUUUGUAUUUGAUUUUUGAAUUUGUAAACAGUAUUAAUUUUGUUAAUAAAGCUGGCUUUAAUCAUUAGUUAUA